CUCUAGGUUCUGUCACGGUGUCGGCGGUGCCCAGCUCAUCAGCCCCCUCCCCCUAUCCGGCGAGCGUGGUCGCCAGAGAAGCUGCCUUCACCCUGCUCUGCGGGGUCUACAGCGGGGAGCAGGUGUCCGGCGCAGGCGACGAGCCCGUGGACAGUGGGGGUUGGUCCCGUGGCUCCGGCCCCCGGUGCAGAAUGGCGACGGCGGUUCGGAUGAACAUCCAGAUGCUGCUGGAGGCGGCUGACUACCUGGAGCGACGAGAGAGAGAAGCUGAACAUGGUUAUGCCUCCAUGUUACCAUACAAUAACAAGGACAGAGAUGCCUUAAAACGGAGGAACAAAUCCAAGAAGAAUAACAGCAGCAGCAGAUCAACUCACAAUGAAAUGGAGAAGAAUAGGCGGGCCCACCUUCGCUUGUGCCUGGAGAAGUUGAAGGGGCUGGUACCGCUUGGGCCCGAAUCAAGUAGACACACUACCUUGAGUUUAUUAACAAAAGCCAAAUUGCACAUAAAGAAACUUGAAGACUGUGACAGAAAAGCCAUUCACCAAAUAGACCAGCUUCAGAGAGAGCAGCGACACCUGAAGAGACAACUGGAGAAGCUGGGCAUCGAGCGGAUACGGAUGGACAGCAUCGGCUCCACAGUCUCCUCAGAGCGUUCCGACUCUGACCGGGAAGAAAUAGAUGUUGACGUUGAAAGCACAGACUAUCUCACGGGGGAUCUGGACUGGAGCAGCAGCAGCGUGAGCGACUCCGAUGAGCGGGGAAGCAUGCAGAGCCUGGGCAGUGAUGAGGGCUACUCCAGCUCCAGCAUCAAGAGAAUAAAGCUCCAGGACAGUCACAAGGUGUGUCUGGGUCUAUGAGAGUGGUCACUCGGCUGCCUCCUGGAUGGUUCUGUCGGCUCUGAUUGGGUAGUGUAUCGGACCUGCCUACGAUCCCCUUGCACGCCAACUUCAGUGUACCAUCUUUACCAAAUCAGCUUUGUAAAAGUUUUCAAGGAAGUGCUUAGGAUUGUGGGUUUCUGACUGCAUCCACUAGCUUCUCUCUCUCCAUAGAAAGCCGUCUCUGAGAGACCGUACAUUCCAGUCAAUUUGAAGCACCCAAGAAUUCUUAGCCCGAAUAAGCAACUUUCACAUCUCAGCAGUUCCCCUCUUUACUGCCCCUGGGUUGUCUACCAGACCUUUCUUAAAAGUUUUCCAGCUCACUAUGUUUUUACUUUCCUAGCAGAAAUGCCCGAAUGUGUCUUGUGCUUAGGAAACUGAAGGAAAGAAACUUUUAAAGCUGAGAUCCUAAUCUCAGAACUCCAAAGUAAGCUUUGAAAGCAGCAUUUGAGAGCACUUAACCGUGGACCUUACCCCAGUGAGGAGUCAGGAAUACCUCCAGAAAGCACCCCUCACACCAUGCUAACUGCCCAACGCGCGUGUGGAGGAGAGCAGUGUUUCUCACUCUAAAACGGACACCUGAUCGCACGUCUCUGGGGUUGCCCAGCUUCUCAAAGUUCCGACCUUGUUUGUUCUCACAAACAAAACGGUACAAUCUUUUUUUGUGCGAUGCUCUUGGGGCCGCGCUGCGUUCUGCUCUCCCGAGGCACAUUUCCCCUCGAAGUCUGUUAUGCUACUUGUCUCUGGAACAUUUUUUUUUCCUACCUCAGAGAUAAAUGAGAUCUCCAUUUCCCACUUAACACAGAGUGAUUAUGCCUCUUUUUUUCCCCAAAUAAGUGACAUUUGGUCCAAUUCUAAUCUAUUUUCCUAUUUAACUUUCAGCAAUAACUGAGCUUUGGCACUAGCUGAGCUAGUGUCCACCACCAGUGAGAGGAAAAGUCCACAUUUCUACUGUUGCAGGUGACAGGAGGGGAUGGUACAGUGUUACUAGGAUUCCUCUCCUUAUUUUUGGAUAUACCCAGAAACUUCUUUAUGGAGGCUUUUGGGUUGAUAGUUUCAAAGGCUGAUUUUUUUUUUUUGGUUAUGAUUUCUCCCGUAAGUGGUCUCCCACUUUGUAGCAUUUUUAUUUAAGCUAAAACAGAGCACAUGUAUAUGUACAUAAGACACAUUAAAUCUA